AUGACAGCCGCGCGACCGCUUGGACCGCCAGUCGAUCUGACCCCCGCCCAGCUGCCAUCGCCAACCGUCCUCCGCGGGCGAUACAUCCAGCUAGAGAAGCUCCAACCCAAACAUGCCAACGACCUCUGGGACCUAAUCGGUGGAGAUGACCCAACGCGAGCCUGGCUAUGGGACUACAUGCUGGACGGUCCCUUCUCUCAGCGCGAUGCUUUCGAGCAAUCCAUCACCUCCCGAUCCGAAUCCACCGACCCGUUCUACUUCGCCGUGAUCGACAAGGGUGCCACCAGCCCCAGCUGCGGCAAAGCCAUCGGAUUCCUCUCGCUCAUGCGGAAUACCCCGGCACAUUGGACCGUGGAGAUCGGGAGUGUCAUGUUCUCCCCGGUGCUGCAGCGCACCGCGGCUGCUACUGAGGCGAUCUAUCUGCUAGCGCGGUAUGCCUUUGAGGAGCUGCACUAUCGUCGAGUCGAGUGGAAGUGCAACGCGCUGAAUGCCACAUCCCAAAAGGCGGCUCGCCGAUUGGGGUUCGUCUAUGAGGGUACCUUUCGGCAGCAUAUGGUGAUUAAGGGUCGAAGUCGGGAUACCGCUUGGUUUGCGAUGGUGCGUGAUGACUGGGAGGAGGGGGCUAAGGAGGCGCUGGAGCUGUGGCUGGAGGAGGGGAACUUUGAUGAAGAUGGUCAUCAGAGGAGGGGACUACAGGAUGUGCGGGAGGCAGUUAAGAGAUCGAGGUCUGUACAGUAA